ACACACUCCAUACACACACCACAGGGAGUGUAUGCUGGAACAGGUGAAUGGAAGUUUACGUGGGAACACAGGCUUCCACUGUCCACACAGUGCAGUGCGAAAUUCGAACAUGCACAAAACCAAUAGCAUUCUUCUACACAAUAGCAAGUUAGCUGCCAGUGGAAGGGACACAGCUUGAAAAUGAUGGAAGAUGACGAGUAUGGAUCACGUCGGCCAAGGUCGAGGAACUGGAACACUGCUGAGAAAUUCUUUCUCUUCGAGCAUGUGAAGAAUCGUUUUGAUAUUAUCACCGACCCAAGGAAAGAAACAGCCUCCAUCAAUGCUAAGAGAAGGGUCUGGGAACAGAUUUAUCAGGCGAUUGCCAAAGAAUUUGGUCCUCUUGAAGAGCAUCUCGUGAGAGGGAAGGGUGGUGAGAAAUGCCGCACCCAGUGGAAGAACUUGGUCCAGGCCGCUCGGAAAGAAUACAAACAGUACAUGGAAGCCAAGAUGGUAGGCAAACGUCACAACAUGACACUCCUUUCUAGGAAGAUCUGUCGAUUGAUGUCCAUUGACCUGGACGAUGGGCUUGGUGACCAGGACAAUGAGGAGAAUGACUGGACAGAGGAUCAUCCGGAGUUUAGGUACCAGCCUGAACUGUGCCAGGAACUCAAGGAGACUGCUAGGAGAAUCAAUGAAGAAUACCAGCAAGGAGCUCAUGAUAACGCUCUAGCCAUGGAGGACAACCCUGGUGACUAUGAAGAGGAAGGUAGCUUUGAAGGGGAAAUGAGAAGCGAUUCUGAACCUGAACUUCCAGAUGAUGAAAAGGAUGAGGAUUAUGCACCAUCAGCAAGAAAGACUCCAAGGAAACGCGGCCGCAGGUCAUCAUCUGGGAGAAGCUCUGGCAAAACACCUACCCGAACAUCAGCCAGAGCUCAAGCUGCCCAAGCAAAGAAACUGGAGGAGGAAAAGAAGGCUCGGAAACGCAAAGCAGAACAACAGCACGAGGAAUCAUACCAAACCUCUAAUUAUCAAAUGGCAGCCGGAGGAAAUGCUCUUACUGAUGCGAUCCAACAGGAAAUCCUCAAUCUUCACAUUGUUGAGCACAAGAAGAGGAUGAAUCUCCUUAACACAGAGCAUAAAACUAAGAUGCAGAACUUGAAAACGGAAAGAGAUAUCAUGGCUCUCCAGAAGGAAUACUGGGUGAAGAAGAUAGAGCUGUUGUAUGAUUCCAAGAGUGGCAAAGGAAGAGCUGUGGAUGAUGAAGGCGACGAAGAUGAGGAUGAAGGUCUGGAUGAUGAUGAAGAUGACGGAAAUGAGAUGGAUACUGCCGCGCCUGGUCCUAGUGGAACCUCUGCUCCUACUUCUGUAGUGGUUCCUCCUCCUACCCAAGCCGCUGUUCCAGACCCACUUCCCGAGAGCAUUGCCCCAGUGGCACCACCCCCUGCAGAAGUGGCUCAUCCUCCACCUUCCGUCAAUACUUCUGCUCCCCACUAUGCAGUCUCACCACACAUGAACCAGGAGAGCAUCCAGGAACGACCUACCAAUGGGGCAAUGGGAGUGCCCAUUCCAAGGCAAGGACCUCCUGAAGGCUAUCAUGGCGUUCCAAACCAAGAUAUGGUCAAUCCAAAUCAACAACCACAGUAAUCACCACUAUCAUCUCACCAGCAUCUGCAUAUUUGCAAAUUAUUCCCCCUUUUCUACAUCUAACCCCAGCUUUCAUCAAUUACUACCCUCCAUUGUUUGUUCAAAUGUAUAACAUACCAUUGUAGAUUAAAAUCAUUUUUAAACAGCAACUCCAUAAUUUGCAUUGUUUUGACAUAAGAAUUUAUUCAAUUAUUUGUGCUUCCGUUUCAUAUAUUUUACGUUGGCUUAUUUUACCUUAAAUUGUCAAGCAGUGGCAUAUAUUUGGUGCCAAGUGAUUAUUGUUCAGAAAUCAAACCGAAGCAAGUGAGAGAUGAAUAGGUGAAUAUGUGACUUUAUUUUGCCAAUUUGCAAAUAGUAUUUUGUAUUUUUACAGCUCAAAUCUGCAGAGAAGAAAAAGAGAAAUCAUCACCAUUAACAGGCAUGUAAAAUAAUUGCCAAAUGAAAAAUGUCAAAACUUUGGAAACUAGAUCCCAUCAAAAAAUUGUACAUAGAGCAAUAAAACACAAGCCAUUGUUUACUGCCCCAAUCUCCCAUAUAACAAAAUAACAUCUCAAGCAGGCACAUCUUCCUUGGUUAAUUAUAACAGUUAUUUUCAUUUUUGCCUGAUUAAACAUCCAAGAUACCAAACUAGUGAUGCAACAAAUGUUAUUGUCAUGUAUUGUCCAUAACAAAAAAAUAUAAACAGUAAGUGGUAAACCAGUAGCCAUAUUAAGAUUUUGUGUUUAAAUCUUGUUCCUGAUAUUGUGAAAUCAACAUAUAAUCAUAAAAAGGUAGCAUGAGAUGCAUACUUUGUCUUUAUAAGAUGAUGUGUAGUUCACACAUCACAUUGCAGCACAUUCGCUAUCAGAAGCUAUACAAAUUUAGAUUAAAUCAGUCAAGUAACAAAUUCAAAAAGAGUAUAAAUUCUGAGUGCUGACGUGCACAAAUCUUUGGUGGUUGAAACAUGUUCAAUUUUUUUUUCAUUUUUGAUUACCAGGCUAUUCAUCGACUGUGCAGCUUGUUAAAAUCUUACUGUUAUUAUUACCCAAAUGUAGAUUUCGUUGACAAUUAUGAUCUGAGCUUGUUGAUGUUGAUUAUUGGCAGUUUGUGGUCAGUAUCUAACCUAACCACAGCUUGCUGCAUCUGGAACUCAAGAGCUGCAAUCAAACACAACUAAAAAUCAAAUGAAUCUCUAUUUUCAAUCAGACGUAAGAAUAAUUUUGAUAUGUUACAAUUCGUGAAAGUUACACUCUUUUGGUGUGGUGUUCUUAAAGGAAUGAACUGUAGUAUUCAAUUAUGAUGUGUACACUAUGAUAUUAAAAUGUGAUUUAAUGUAUCUAGGACAAGCCUUUAAUCUAGGCAGCGACUGCAAGCUAACCCUUAGAGAAAUUUCAAGAUAGUCACUUGCUAACAGCAAGCUAGUGACCACCUAAUGGAUAACCUAGCAAGAUUAUAGGCAUCCAGAGAAAUAUGUGCUCAUUUAGCGAGCAUGUACUGUUUGCUACCUUCCAACCACAUUUUAGGUACACCAUUAGUUAGUGACUACCUUGCAGCAGGCUAAAACUUCUGUUGGGGAUAUCUUUGCCAUUACACUUGAUGUAAUCAAUACCUACAUCUGAUAAAGCUUAUACCCUCUAGUCUUGCUUAGUCAUAAUUUUAUCGACAAAGAAUUGGUGUGGGUUUUUCGUACAUUAGUUGAUAGGAAAACAUCAACUAAAGCAAGACAAGCAGGUAUAGGCGGUGGUUGCUUUGCGCUCACUCGUUAUGCCACAUCAGACACAAAGCUUGUGCUUCAGCAAAACGGCAAAGAUACAAGUAUAGCUGCAGCCUUUGUAUAGAUUAUUGACUAACAUACGACUGGUAAAUAGUGAUUACAGUUAUAAUUGUGUCCCUGAUGUAAACCAUACAAGUAUUAUCCUCCAAAUAAGUGUUUUGUUCACAUAUUUGUGCCAAUAAACUUGCUUUCUUUUCUAAA